ACAUACUGGAAAAACCCAAGUGAAACGUUACUUUGUUUUGUUUUAGGCGUUUUUAUUAUUUGUUGCUUGUUGAAGGAAAAUUUGUUGGAUUUCCUGAAAUAAUGUCGGAAAAUGAAAAGAAAGCAGCGGUGGUUGAAGUGGUACCGUCAAAUGAUGAGUCAACAAAUCCCGAAGGUGAUGGACCGACCAUGCAGAAGAUCGAAGACAUCAUAACAAUUGAUCCGGAAACGUACGAACUGGAUCUGAAUCAUCAGCGGAUAGGUAAAAUUGAGAAUUUGGAGCCCCUCGUGCGCAUUGAGCGCCUUUGCUUCCGAUGGAAUUUAAUAAAGAAAAUUGAGAAUCUGGAAACUCUCACUACACUGAAAGAGUUGGAGUUCUACGACAAUCAGAUUACCCAGCUGGAAAAUCUCGAUACUCUCGUUAACCUGGAGAUUCUUGAUGUAAGUUUCAACCGUCUGGGGAAGAUUGAAAAUAUUGGGAUGCUAACAAAUCUGGAAAAGCUCUUUCUGUGCGCCAAUAAAAUUCCACGCAUUGAAAAUUUGGAUUCUCUCGUGAAUCUCACAAUGCUGGAAUUGGGUGACAACAAACUCCGGAAGAUUGAGAACCUCGAUGCCUUAGUCAAUCUCAAGCAGCUCUAUCUGGGCAAGAAUAAGAUAACCCGGAUUGAGAAUCUCGACAAGCUGACCAAUUUAACCUGCUUAAGUCUCCAGGCUAAUCGUAUAACAAAAUUGGAGAACCUGGAGAAUCUUACAGCCCUCACAGAGCUCUACAUGUCUGAGAAUGGGAUUGAGAAGAUUGAGAAUUUGGAGAAAAAUACAGCAAUUGAAACUCUCGAUUUAGCCCAGAAUAUGAUCAGCAAGAUUGAGAACUUGAGUCAUCUCACAGAACUUGAGGAAUUUUGGCUCAAUGAUAAUUCCGUGUCUGAUUGGAAUUGUGUAAAUCAUCUAUCGGGAAACAAAAAAUUGGCAACAAUCUAUCUUGAGCGCAAUCCCAUUGCUUCUGAUGUGCAGUACCGCACGAAGCUCAAAUUGGCAAUAACCUCCCUCACGAAAAUCGAUGCUACACUCUGUCGCUAGCGCAAAAGUAGAGCAAAACACAGCUGUAUAAGAAAAUAUCAAUACCUUUGAUAGGAAUGAGAGAUAAUUUGAUAAAUUGCAAAACAAUAAAACAGAGUCUCUUGGCAAAAGAAAUAAAGGCGCUCUACUUGAGCCCAUUGUCUGCUGCUCCAUUUGGAUUUUCAUCGGAAUCAUCCUCAUCAGAUGGGUCCUCCAAUUGUGCACCCAAAUCUCGGAGCUGUUGCCGAUACUGCUUGAUUUUGGUGUCCUGCAGAGAGAAACAAAAAAAUAUAUAUGAGACAGGGCAUUUAAAUAUAGAUUUUGUCUUUUUUUUUCUUCUGUUCCCAACAUUCAUGCAUUAUAAAAUUGAUUAAUUGAAUAUUAAAUGUACAAGAGAAACUGUU